AGAUUUUAUGUAAACUGUGGACUCUGGAGUGACCAGGUUCAAUGAACCUGAAACCCCACUGCCUUUUCAAGCUCUCUUCCUGGAAUAUAUAUUCUUCAGCUAUCAGCAAGACAAAGACACGGAGGUUUUAGAGAAAGGGCAUGAGUUUUGCGUUGUGUUUUCUUGUUUUUAGAGGGACAAAGAGUUCCAAUGUUUUCUCAUGAUCAUGACCCUUCAUGCUGCAGACGCUUGUGGCAGUCGAGGUUCACUACCAGCUUCUUCUGUUCAAUAUCUUUCCAUGAGAUCAAAGGUCACUGCCUUGUGUUUUUCUUCUUUUUCGUUCCUGAGGCUCAACUAAUUGUUGCAGAGAUAACUGAGAAGGCUGAACUUGAAGGUGUAACAGAAGAUUAUGGCAAGCUGGCAAAAGAACUUGAGAAAGCUUCUCCUCUAGCAAUUAUCAACAAGCCCCUUCAAGAUUUUAUAGAUGGCAGCGCCAUUUCUUUCAGUGGAGCUGAGGAUGUGUCUUUGAUACUCCAAUCGGGGGUGUUUGGCCUGGACACAGGGAGGUUGAACUCACAGACCGACAAACUCUUGGAUGAUAUGGAGAAGUACUACGGCAUGGACAUUGAAUACAUGCACCAAGAAUGCUGUCAAGUGCUACAGGUGAGACCUCUUAGAAGGGCCCUUAAGGAUCUUUGUGCUUGGAUCACAGGCCAAAGAAAAGAUCAGUCUCCUGGCAUUAGAGCUAGUGUUCGUGUUCUGCAAAUUGACCACCCUUCAGUUGAAGGAAUUGGGUGUGGAACCAUCAGCCUCGUGAAGUGGAACCCAGAGGCAAAUUUGGGCGGCCAGGCUAUAUGGAACUUCCUCCGAACCAUGAAUGUGCCUGUUAAUAGUUUGCAUGCUUUAGGAUAUGUCUCAACUGGUUGUGAGACUUUCACGGGACCGGCCCUCCCCUGGCAGCAUGAGAGAGAAGGGAGGUGGUUGUGGGAGGAGGGCAAGUUGAAGGAGUCUGGACUACAUAAAGGAAAUAUGGAAUCUGAAGAUGCGCAAAUCAGUGAGCACAUAAAUGGAGUUGUUUCCUUUACAAAUGUAAAUGACCCAAUUGCUGAUGUUUUCAACUCCCAAAACUUGACCUCUUUGAGCAGGGCUGGGAUGGAAAUUUUAGGCACGUUAGAGAACAGAUCUGAGCCUUGGCGUCACUUUUGCCAGGCCAUGGAAGAUUCAUAUGUAGAGUUGGCAGCUAAGCUGGUGAGUGCUAAGGUCAAGAUUGGGAAGUUCAGGGUAGAUGGUGAGCACAAGGCAAAUGCAAAGCAGAAACUUCAGCCCAGGAGCUUUACCACUACAGUAAUUUUCCCUGCCUCCAGGCCUAUCAAAUAUUCCUCGGAGAAAAGGGACAUUGAUUCACAGUUAGCUUUUGUCAAUUCGCUUCAAUGGUGAUGAGCAUGCUCAGAUCCAUACUUAUCCAUUUGCGAGAAACUCGAGUCUAGAGCAUAGAACAAAAACAUGGAGCAGGAAAGUGUCAGUAAUCUGCACAUCCAUCCUACUACUGCUUUCAUGGUGAUGUCCUUCACAAAGAUUCAGUGUUCUAGCAUUUGUGGUGAGAUUGAAGAGUUCCCCUUUGAGACUUCAGAUUUCCUCAUACUCAACCAUGGAUUGCAGUCCGUAUUAUCAAUCCAUUACAUUGUUUCCUCUUUUUUUUUUUUUUUUUUGAAGAAAUCAACUUCGCUGUUAAAUGUAGUAGCUGAGCCAAACCUAAUAUGGAGUGUGGUGCCUGAAAACAUUUUCUUCUUUAAUAAUACCAUUACUUGUACCAAAA